CCAGGAUCUAGCAGGAAAGAGAAGUCACCAGGUGCCAGCACUGCAGUAGAGGGUCCCAGGUCCCAGCCUGUCUCACCAUGAGAACCACCUCUUUGCAGAAAAACAACCACUUUGCUUUCCAUUCUGCUGCCUGAGACAACCACAUCCUCCUCACACACACCCCAGGCCCCCAUGGAGAGCCCAGAUGUGGAGCUGGACCUCCAGCGGAGCGUGCAGGCUGUGCUCCGAGAGCUCAGCACCCAGGCCCCCUCCCUGCAGAGCAACCAAGGCAUGUGGAGAUGGUCCCUGCACAAGAAGGUUGAGCGGGAUCCUGGGAAGUGUCCGACACUGGUCCGCAUUCUGCUCAGAGAACUGGAGAAGGCAGAAAGUGAGGACACCCGGCACGUCAUCAUUCCCUUGCUGCACACUCUAAUGUACGUGCUCACUAAGGCCACGGGCAUCACAGAGGAGCUCCACCGCAGAACCUACGCCUUCUGCACGAGGUUGCUGACCCUGCCUGCCCCCUACUGCACAAUUGCCCUGGACUGCGCCAUCAGGCUGAAAACGGAGACGGCCGUCCCAGGGACACUGUACCAGAGGCUGGUCAUUGCCGAGCAGAACCUGAUGAAUGAGCUGUACCCCUACCAGGAGAGAGUGUUCCUCUUCGUGGAUCCUGAGCUGGUGUCUCCCUCCGUGUGCAGUGCCCUGCUGCUGGAGAUCGAGGCGGCCAAGGGGCAGCAGACGCCAGAGGCCUGCAUGCGCCACGUGGUCUGCCACGCCCUGCAGGCGGCGCUGGGGGAGGCCUGCCAAGCAGGCAUGCUGCAAAGGAAGCUGCAGGCCAGCCCCCGCGGCGCCCUGGAGCGCUGUUUCCACGCCGUGGUGGCAGCCGUGGAGCAGAUGGCCAGCGAGCCCAGCCCGAGCCGGGAGGGCCACCUGGAGCGGCUGGAGGAGAUUUACUGCUCGCUGCUGGGGCCGGCGGCGGCCGCCAGGGGGCGCUGCGGCGGUGACCCCCUCCAGGACCGGCCGCCGAGCAUCCCUCUGCCCAGCCCCCACAUCACCUUCCACCUGUGGACUGAUGAGGAGCAGCUCUGGAAGGAACUGAUGCUCUUCCUGCAGCCGCGAUCCCAGCUGCGCCUCAGUGCAGACUUGGAAGCCUUGGAUCUGCAGGGCCUCCUGCCAGACCGGGAGUGGGCCCGGGCGUCCGUGCUGUCUACCGACAGCGGCAUCGAGCGGGACCUUCCUUUGGGGGCUGACGAGCCACCCGUGCCCGGCAGCCCCGAGGUGGAGCGCGCCGGGCUGCAGCGCAAAGGGGGCAUCAAGAAACGGGUGUGGCCCGUGGACAUCCUGAUGCCCAGCAGCUGGGAUGGGCCCCCGGGGCUGCACCAGAGGACUGGCAGGCCCUGUGGGGAUGGGGAGCUGCUGCCCGGGGUCUCCCGGCUGCACACGGCCCGGGUGCUGGUGAUGGGGGACGACCGCAUGCUGGGGCGCCUAGCCCGGGCCUACCACUGCCUCAGGAAACGAGAGACCCAGAAGUUCUGCCUCACCCCCAGACUCAGCCUGCAGCUCUACUACGUCCCUGUGCUGGCGCCUGAGAAGCCCGCAGCAUCCAGGCCUUCGGAGCUCGGAGAGGUGGCUGCAUUCCUGGGCCGUGCAGACCCGUGGUACGAGAGCAUCGUCAACACCCUGUGCCCCGCCAUCCACAAGCUGGCAGAGAUGCCUCUCACCCUGGACACAUCCCAGACCGUAGACCCCUUCAUCCUGGAUGCCAUCACCUACUAUAUUCGCAUGGGGACCCAACCCAUCUAUUUCCAGAUCUACGCAGUCAAGAUCUUCUUCAGUGACCUGAGCCAAGAUCCUGCGGAGGACAUCUUCCUCACUGAGCUCAAGGUCAAGAUCCAAGAUGCCAAGUUCCCCAAAGAUGGUUUUUCACCCAGGAGGAGGGGCAUGGCUGAGGGCCCAGGGGCUGAGCUCUCCAUGUGCUACCAGAAGGCCCUGCUCAGCCACCGGACCCGAGUGGUCACUGUUUCCCUGAGGGCCACUGGGCUGGUCCUGAAGGCCCUUCCAGCCAGUGACACUGAAGUUUCAGGGCCCACCCGCUGCCCCCGAACUGCUGCUCCCAGUACAGACCACACGUGCCUGAAUGUUAGCGUGACAGAGGUCAUCAAGACCUCCAACUUGGCAGGAAGGUCCUUCUCUACGGUGACGAACACCUUCCGGACGGCCAACAUCCUUAUCCAGAGCCAGGACCAGAGGCUGCUGACGCUGUUGCUGGACAAGGACAGCUCCCGCACGUACAGGGAUGUGGUCAGGUUCGAAGUUACUCUCUGCCCAGAGCCAUGUUCCGGGACCCAGAAAUCCAAGGUGCUGGGGCUCAGCUCACACCAGCAGGAGAUGGAAAGGACCAAAGCCAAGGCCAAACCCCUCCUAAUGCCCAUCAACACGUUCUCUGGCAUCGUCCAGUGAGCCCACAGGGGCCGUGGAAUCGCCGAGUCUAAGGGCAGUGGGCCCAAGGGAAGGAUACACUACCCCACCGUUCCAAACACUCACACCAACAGCCAGAGCAAGGCUCCAGGGGGCGGCUUCCAGCUGCGUCUAGAAGCCAGCAAGUGCCUGGAGCACAAGGAGCUGGCUGUGGGGGGUGAGAGGGAGCCAGGCCCAUGUGAAAGUCCGAGGAGGCCCUGGCUGAGCUGCGGGCACACAAAGCCCAGCUCCUUGCACCGUGUUGUCCACUCCUCCGUUGACGUCCAGUUCCCGCCUCUCUCACCGUCUUCUCCCACUCAAGCUCCCCACCUGGCCCUAAAACCAAGGCGAGAGCUGCUGCCCCGCCAGGGCCCCGCGGCCUGGGGAAAACAGGACGCAGGCAGCGGCACCCCCUCCAGCCCAGUCUGUUCCCUUCCCUCCCGCAGGCCACUGCCCGCCCCCCCCACUCCCAGACGGACGUCUCUCCUGGUUGAGAGAAAAUGUCAGAUUCAAUAAAUACACACUAAAGUCUUUCUGCUUGCAUCUAAUAUCCAGCGAUACUUGUAUUUUAACAGAGAGCAGAGGCACUGCUUAGUCUAACCUAAUGACUCCGCUCAGGCCCAGGUAAGAGCUUGGUGAAACAUUCACGGGUGUGGUGUGCUCUGUCCACCUGCCCAGCCCCCUCCUCAUUCACGUUCACUGAGGGCCUCCCGACCAGCGAUGUCCCCAAAACAGAGGGGAAUGCAGGCUCAUUUCAGAGGAGCCAGAGAUUAAAGACAUCAAAAUUCUUGGCUUUUGAGUUCAGCAACGUAUAUCCAGAUGUUAAGUCCAUACCCAUCACCUGGGCAGUCCCAGGGAGUGUUGGCAGUGGAAUGGAAGAGUCCCUUCCAAGUUUGGGACCCAAGAGUGGAGAGGAAGGCACUUCACUUGGGGCCUCAUUGCCCCAGGAGUGGGGGCAAGUCUCAGAGCACAUUCUCAGAGCCUAGGGGGAUGGUGUAAGAGAGGCUGCCUGGGGGGCUUAGGCAGAUGGGCCCAAGGGCAGCCUUAAAGAGAGUCCCUGUGCCUCUGUGGACACGGGAAGCAGGUAAGGUUUUCCUCAGGUAGUUGAAAGCAAACAAGCUCAAGGGGAGAGGUGCAGCCAUGAGUGGCAGCGGGCCUGAAGCCUGGAUGUGGACUGCGGGCACCUUGAUGGACACCACGUGGCGAAGUCCCUGCCCUUCAGUCGUGAUGCAGCCUGGACAGGUGAAGACCAAGAAGCUGAUGGAUGUGCGACUCUCCACUGAAGCUGCCCCCUGCGGAGCCCAGGGAGGAGUGGGGCCAAGGACAGCCCUCCAUGUGAUGGAGGUGGGUUUAAACCAGAAGUGACUGGUAUUACCGAAUUUGAGUGAGUUUACCUGAACAUGGCUAGAUUUUCUUUUUCUGUCAUUGGGGUGAUAUAAAUUGAUUCAUAACAAUCUGGCCAACAAGUACCAGGUUCGUGGAGUUUGCGGGGUUUACCAGCUGUAGAGUUAGGUGAGGGCUCUGGGCCUUCUCCCCGGUCUCCCCACCAGCUUACAGAGAAAGCACGUUGUAGCCCAAAUUCUGCUGCGCAAUUCAGAUAUGCAUUGGCAAGUAGCCCCCCUCAUCCCCACCCCCCGUCAGAUUAGGU